AUACAUGAACACUGAAAUGUUUGUAUUUGUGAACAGCAAGUAUAGCAAUUAGCAAGUGAAUAGAGUAAUGUAGUAUUCUGCUCGCUGGCGGUGGUUGGAGAGUUAAAGUUUUUAAUAGUUUCUUUGGAUAUUGGAAAAACAAUGUCCAAUGUCACGCGAAUGUUGUUGGGGGGUGUCCGUCACUUCACGAAAAGAUAUAAAGGAGAAGGUGGUGUAAAGUAUGGCUUAAUAACAUACUAUCCCAGGACUCCAGAUCACGUAGACCCUCCGAUAGAGCCAACAAAGUUAUUGAUGAUCCAGCGAGUGAAGCCUUUCAAGGGAAAUCCAUACUGGCAGAAAAAUGUCCUCACACUAUUAAACCUCCAUGAAAGGUCAAGUGCUAUAGCGAUUGUUAAGAAUACACCCGAGAUGAACUCAAUGCUGUGGGAGGUAAAACAUUUAAUUAAAGUCACACCAAUAAAAUGCCCUAAUGGUCUACCAAAGGAUGGAGAUCUCAACGGUACUUACUUACAUGAAAAUGGAACUUUUAUGGUCACCCACAAAGUCGCAAUAGAUCCAUCCCGAAUAGAAGCUACAGAAAAAUUCACGAAUGACUGGAGAAGGCUAGAUAAGGAAACUGUGCAACGACAGUUGAGGCUCAAGUGGCUCAAUCCAUUAUAAACUUCUUGCAGGUGCUCGUAGAGUAAGAUACAUACUUAACCUUAAUGAAGAGUUACUGAAAUCCAGCAACUUUUACUCUAGAAAAUAAAUGAUUUCUGGUCAAUUAA